GGCACUAUGACCAAUUCCCGGUGCGAAAUAUUGCAGCACAAGAAAACUGAAAUUCCCGCUCGAUUUCCGAGUGUUCCCGGUUUCUCAAACAAACGCUACUUCCGGUGCCGUAUCGCCUAGAGCGCGAAAGAGAAGGACUGCCGCCGAAAAAUGAGGGGGGUGGGCGUUCGAACCGCAUUUGCGGGAUACGAAGAUGCCGACGCAGUAGCACUAGCAGGGGCAGUAGACGAGACACCUCUCCUCCCGUGGUCCGAAGCUGAAUAUCUGAAAAAAUUGACCUUCACACAAUUUGUGAUCUACCUGGUUGGCUUCUCGGAGGGGCUCACACAUCUCGCCGCCCUAGCUAUAUACUACCUGCUGAAAGAUGAUCUCGGCCUCAGUCCUCCCGAAGUUUCCGCCAUCUUCAUUGCUCCUGCUAUUCCGUGGGUUUUCAAGCCAUUCUUUGCGUUCUUAUCGGACAGCGUCGCUAUAUUAGGCUACCGGAGGAAACCCUACAUGAUUGUCUUCAGCGCGCUGGAAGCUGUUGGUUUUCUGAUGUUAGGACUUUCCCCUGCGUCGGUUGGCACCGCAGUUUCCUCACUUUUCCUGAUUUCGCUGUCCGCUGCUUUCUGCUCUGCGGUUGCAGAGGCUCUCGUGGUGGAGAGUACCACAGGAAAAACACUCGAUCAAAGCGCGGAGAAUGUUUCGGAUUUCAUCACCGCGAAAGCUAUUGGCAGUUUGGCCGUAGCGUACUUCUCCGGUUAUCUGCUUGAAAAGACGUCAAAAGGGAGCAUUUUCGUGGCUACCGCGACUUUCCCUCUGUUCAUCACAAUUGUUUCUUUCUUCAUGAAAGAUGUGACGACCCCUCCUGAGCGGAACCUGAAGGCGCAGUUCCGGGAGCUCAGUGAGUUUUUGAAGCAGUCUGUCAUUUGGGGCCCUGCGCUGUACAUUUUCGUGUACAUGGCGGGUCCCGACUACGACGACGCGCUGUUCUUCUUUUUCACUAAUAAGCUUGGAUUUUCACCAACCUUCAUGGGAACUCUGAGAUUCACUUACGGCGUAGCAGCGCUGCUUGGUGUGCUUCUGUACCGCUUCGUGUUUAGACAGGCCGGGUUUCGGCAGACGCUAUUCUGGACUAUCAUAGUUGCUGUUCCCAUCUAUGUAUCUCCGGUUAUCCUGGUCACUGGCCUCAAUCAGAAGCUUGGAAUUAGCAAUCAAGCGUUUGUCUUGAGCGGUGGAUUUCUUAUCGAAGCGACCGCUGAGAUCCAACUUCUUCCGCUGCUGGUUUUAACCGCUUCUAUAUGCCCACCUGGACUCGAGGGCAGCGUUUACGGAAUGAUGAUGUCGAUUCGCAACUCUGGCUCUAUGGUCUCUCGUGGCCUCAGCGCUUUCUUCACGUGGGCCGUGGGCAUAACAGCCACCAACUUCAGCCAUCUGACUGCUUAUAUUCUACUCUGUGGCGCAUGGUUGCUUCUUCCACUCUUUUUCCUUGGCUUCAUACCGGACAACGCGGAGGUUGAAGAAGUCAAACAGCACCACGACAAACUUUACAAAGAAAUCAAGCAGCAACAGAGUGCCUGACACACGUCCUGCUGACACAGCACCGUGUCACCGGCUGCCGCGAACAAGGACAUGACGACUCUCUGGCCUUUUGACCUGCACGCAUGAACAGGAAAACAGUCUUUUCUUCGCUAACCGUAGACAAAAAGUGGCGACGGCAGUCUUUCUUGCACUUCGUCGAAAAAGAACUUACUUUGUAAAUGCGGACAAGCCAAUUCUCCGUUGUGUAAGCUUCCUCGAAAUAAUGCAACGUGA